AUGAGCGCCGCCAUCAAGAGGGUUCAGGCCGAGCAGGAGCGCAAGCUGGCUGCAGAGGCGCGCAAGGAGCGCCGCCAGACCGGGGAGAUCGAGGCCCUCCGCGGCCGCCUGCGCGAGCUGGAGGCCAGCCAGAAGGACAAGGAGGAGGAGAUGAAGGGGCUGCGGCGCAGCCUGAGGCAGAAGGAGCUGAGCCUGCUGACGGGGGCGCCCGCGGCCGCGGGGGGCGGCGGGCAGGGCGGCGGAGGAGGGCUGGCGCAAUUCCUCUGA